UACAUCAUCGCCAGGCGCGUGUCUCGUGUUUGAAAAACAUUUUCCUCAUUUAAACAGAAACAAACCCGUUAAUUCGGAUGGACACGUGCUCCAAUGGAUGCCAAGCACGCCACACUAGUCCACUGGUUCCGCAAAGGUCUCCGUGUCCACGACAAUCCUGCAUUGUUGCAGAUUUUCAAAGUCGCCAAUGGGACUCCCGGAAAAUACUUUGUGCGUCCUAUUUUUAUCCUCGAUCCAGGGAUUCUCGACUGGAUGCAGGUAGGCGCCAACCGGUGGAGAUUUUUGCAGCAGACCCUUCACGACUUGGACCAGCAGCUCCAGAAGCUUGGCUCCCGCUUGUUUGUGGUGCGGGGAAAGCCCGCUGAGGUUUUCCCAAGGAUCUUCAAAAGCUGGCGAGUGGAGCUCCUGACUUUUGAGUCUGAUAUAGAGCCAUAUUCCUUGGCCAGAGAUUCUGCAGUCCAGAAGUUGGCUAAAUCCGAAGGAGUAAAGGUGGAAACCCACUGCUCUCACACGAUAUUCAAUCCAGAGUUGGUCAUAGCCAGGAAUCUUGGCAAGGCGCCCAUUACCUAUCAGAAGUUCCUAGGCAUCGUAGAGAAGUUAAAGCUGCCUACGGUCCUGGGUCUACCAGAAAAGCUGAAAGGAGAAGGUCAACCUCCAAAAGAUGAUAUAGAAGAGAAAGAUUCCGAGGCAUAUGAUUGUCCCACAAUGGAGCAGUUGGUUAAGCGCCCAGAGGAGUUAGGUCCCAACAAGUUUCCUGGAGGUGAAACCGAAGCUCUGCGCCGCAUGGAGGAAUCAUUAAAAGAUGAACUUUGGGUGGCUCGGUUCGAAAAACCCAACACGGCGCCAAACUCCCUCGAACCCAGUACUACAGUAUUAAGUCCCUAUCUUAAAUUUGGAUGCCUAAGUUCUCGCUUGUUUCAUCAACGUCUCAAAGAGAUCCUUAAGCGGCAGACGAAGCACUCCCAGCCUCCGGUGUCUUUAAUAGGCCAGAUGAUGUGGCGGGAAUUUUAUUACACAGUGGCCGCUGCAGAACCGAACUUUGACCGCAUGCUUGGCAAUGUAUAUUGUCUUCAGAUCCCUUGGGAAGAGCACCCAGAUCACCUGAAAGCUUGGACAUAUGGAAAGACUGGUUAUCCCUUCAUUGAUGCCAUAAUGCGGCAGUUACGACAAGAGGGUUGGAUCCACCACCUGGCCCGCCAUGCGGUGGCCUGUUUUUUAACACGCGGUGAUCUUUGGAUCAGUUGGGAGGAGGGUCAGAGAGUGUUCGAGCAGCUGUUGCUGGACCAGGACUGGGCCCUGAACGCUGGCAACUGGAUGUGGCUUUCCGCCUCGGCCUUCUUUCAUCAGUAUUUUCGCGUCUACAGCCCCGUGGCGUUUGGCAAAAAAACUGAUCCCCAGGGUAACUACAUAAGGAAGUAUGUGCCGGAACUGGCAAAGUAUCCAGCUGGUUCCAUUUACGAGCCCUGGAAGGUUUCCCUGGCAGACCAGCGAGCAUACGGCUGUGUUCUAGGCACAGACUAUCCCCAUCGAAUCGUCAAGCACGAGGUGGUCCAUAAGGAGAAUAUUAAACGAAUGGGCGCCGCCUAUAAGGUUAAUCGCGAGGUUCGCACUGGCAAGCAAGAGGACUCCUUCGAGGAGCCAGAGCCUUCCUCUUCCGGCAAGAGAAAGCUUGGAAAGACAACUGGAAAUUCCGCUAAGCGGAAGCGUUAAAAUACCCUCAGAAAGGGUAAACUGUUUGUAAAUGACUUUGAAUUUAUAGGUGUUACUAAGGAGAAGUUAAUUUUUGACUAUUAAAUUACCAAAAGAUA